GUCAUUUCUUCGUUUCGCUUCGAGGUAUCAAUUAGCAAGUUAAAUAUAAUAACGUUCCGCUAGGCGUUACGCAAGAAAGAAGAAUUUCCCGCGGAGAGUUUUCUAGUAACGUGAAAAUUGAAUAAAAAUUUAAGAUUGAAAACUUCCACGUUAUAAAAUUAAAAUUACAAAUCCCAACGUGUAACGUUCUUAUCACGCGGCUUUCGCGUUUUCUUAUACGCCUUCGUCAACAGUAGCAGGAAAGAAGUUUCUUCGAAGAACGUUACGAUCAUUUCUAAGUAAGGAAAAAGGAAAGGAAAGAGAAGACAGACGUCAGUGUUAUCAUUUGAUACAGCCUCUUAAAAUUCGUCUCGCCACUAAAUAUACGGAGAAUUCGAUCCUCUUGAUGUCGAGCGAGAAGAAGCAAAAAAAACCGAGAGACCCGCGCGUUAUUCAAAGCCGUGGCAGAAGUCCGUGGAUUCAAGAUAGACGGAUAGCGUGCCUGCCAGGCUGGUCCGGAAGUCGCGUGUCGACGGCAGCCAUAACAGCCCCUCCGUGGCUCUCGCCCUUCUUCCACCCUGAGCCCACCACCUCCGCUUGAUUUCCUUACCCUGCUACCAACGACCAGCACGGCCUACCGCGAGAUUGGCCUAUGUAUGUGAGACGCAAAUCCGUGCAAAUUGCGGGUAACGAAGUGUUGGUGCAACGUUACCCUACGAAGUCCGAGAACAAGUCGGCGAUUGGUCGAUCCUGCCGAGCGCGAGCGAGCCCCGAAGGAAGGCAACCCUCUCUCGUCUUUUCAACCCUCUCGAUUACAGUACUGUUUCCAGAAUCGUUAGGAUAACCGUGCGGUUAACAUCAUUUUUACUUUCGAUACAAUAGACUGAUUAAGAAAAUAAUCAGCAGUGCUAAACUGUGAAAACUUUUAAAUUUGUGAUAAGACACUUUUUUCAUGUCGCAAACGCGAAAAAAUUUGUUAAAAUUAAAAAAAGCAUCAAUUAUAUUAUUAAGGAACAUUAAAUUUUUGUAGCAUUUGGAGGCAUAUCUUUGUAGUUACAUUUUGUUAUCAGUAUAAACUGCGGAUGUUUGAUACAAUAAUUAUAAAUAUUCUAGUCGCAUCUCCAUGAUAAAGCAAAUCUGCUCUUUAGAGAGACAUAUUUGUUAUGUGAAAAUGUGAAUUAUUGUAUUCUUUAUUCGCUCGUGUACGUCACACCAAACGAAGACGUAUCUACUUAAUAGUGUCGUAAUUUUCUUCUUCGUAAACGGUGUGCAGUUCUGUUCACGAGAGUGAAUCACUCGAGUUAAUCAUGUUCACAUUCUACGCGGAGAGAUCGUACGAUCUAGCAUGAGUAGUAACAGCAAGAAACCUCCGGGAGGCAAGGACGACAAAAAGAAUCCCUCUAGUAAAGAGGACAGUCCGUCGGGUGGCAAAGAUGAUGGUGGUUCAGCCUCAACAGCGAGCAAUGGCGGUGCGACCGGAGGUGAACCAUCGCAACCCGGAAGUAAGCCCAGCUCGGCUGGCGCUACCGCUCGAGAAGGGGCCCAGAGACUUUUGGGUCUGGCCGCAAGGGGCGAAUGGGCCCCAGUGGACCAGCUGCUCAAGUCUCUGGAGAAGACGGUGCAGAGCGCGGGUGAAGAUAACUUUAUCGCGCCGCUCGCAGGCGUCUUGGACUCGACGACGGGAAUGACGCCGUUGAUGUACGCAGUAAAGGACAAUCGCAGCGCGCUGCUCGACCGAAUGAUCGAGCUCGGAGCCGACGUAGGCGCCAGAAACAAUGAUAAUUAUAAUGCUCUUCACAUCGCUGCUAUGUAUUCGAGAGAAGACGUUGUCAAGUUGUUGCUGUCCAAGAGAGGUGUUGAUCCUUACGCCACGGGAGGGCCAAGACAACAAACGGCGGUUCACUUGGUGGCGUCAAGACAAACAGGCACCGCGACGUCGAUUUUACGAGCUCUUUUGGGUGCUGCUGGCCGAGACAUCAGACUAAAGAUCGACGGUAAAGGAAAAAUACCUCUUCUACUAGCAGUGGAGGCUGGUAAUCAGUCGAUGUGUCGAGAACUGUUGUCACAACAAGCGCCCGAUCAGCUUCGAGCCACCGCACCGUCAGGUGAUUCCGCUUUGCAUUUAGCCGCCAGAAGAAGAGAUAUCGAUAUGGUGCGGAUUCUGGUGGAUUACGGCACAUCCGUCGACAUGCAAAAUGGCGAAGGACAGACCGCGUUACACAUAGCGAGCGCCGAGGGUGAUGAGACUUUAGUGAAAUAUUUUUACGGUGUCCGAGCGUCCGCUUCGAUCACCGAUCAUCAGGAUCGAACGCCUAUGCAUCUGGCCGCAGAGAACGGCCACGCAACCAUCAUCGAAUUACUGGCCGAUAAAUUCAAAGCAAGCAUAUUUGAAAGAACGAAAGACGGUUCCACUCUAAUGCACAUAGCGUCGCUGAACGGACACUCGGAAUGUGCCACCAUGCUCUUCAAGAAGGGUGUGUAUCUGCACAUGCCAAACAAACGGGGCGCCAGAUCCAUUCACACGGCCGCAAAGUACGGUCAUGUGGGCAUUAUCAGUACUCUGCUGCAACGAGGAGAAAAAGUGGACGCGAUAACCAAUGAUAACUACACAGCACUCCACAUAGCCGUAGAAAGUGCCAAACCGGCUGUCGUAGAAACCCUUUUAGGAUACGGCGCGGAGGUGCACGUCAGAGGUGGAAAACUUCGGGAGACUCCGCUUCACAUAGCCGCUAGAGUACCCGACGGUGACAGAUGCGCACUGAUGUUGCUGAAAUCCGGAGCAGGUCCCAAUUUGACAACUGACGACGGUCAAACGCCGGUGCACGUGGCAGCCAGCCACGGAAAUUUGGCGACUCUUCUACUACUCCUCGACGAUGGAGGAGAUCCGAUGUUUAAGUCAAAAAACGGAGAAACGCCCUUGCAUCUAGCCUGCAAGGGUUGCAGAGCAGAUGUGGUUCGGCAUUUGAUAGAGUUCGUAAAGGAGAAGAAGGGUCCGGAAGUGGCAACUGCUUACGUAAACAGUCUGACAAAUGAAGGUGCCAGUGCUCUCCAUUAUGCCGCUCAGAUCGAACCUUCGGAAGUCGAAAUACCUGGUGAAGAUCGCGCUAUCAUACGCGCUCUUCUCGACAACGGAGCAGAUGUCUCGGUGCAAACUAAACAGGCACAGGAAUCGGCGUUUCAUUAUUGUGCUCUUGCGGGCAACAACGAGGUCUUGCAAGAGAUGAUCAGUCGUAUGUCGGCUACGGACGUUCAAAAAGCUCUGAACCGUCAGAGUGCCGUAGGCUGGACGCCCUUGUUGAUUGCUUCUCACCGCGGUCACAUGGAACUGGUCACCACUUUGCUCGCUAAUCACGGCAGAGUCGACGUGUUCGAUCUCGAGGGUAGAUCCGCUCUUCAUUUGGCCGCUGAACACGGGUAUCUACAAGUGUGCGACGCGCUGUUAGCAAACAAGGCAUUCAUCAAUUCAAAAUCGCGCGUAGGCAGAACCGCUCUGCACUUGGCCGCAAUGAACGGCUACACACAUCUGGUGCGGUUUCUCGUACAAGAUCAUGGUGCCGCGAUAGACGUGCUCACCUUGAGAAAGCAAACUCCUCUUCAUCUGGCGGCGGGUGCUGGUCAGUUGGAGGUCUGUAGACUAUUGCUGGAACUUGGCGCCAGUAUAGACGCCACAGACGAUCAAGGACAAAAGCCGAUUCACGCUGCGGCCAUGAACAAUUACGCUGAGGUGGCGCAGCUCUUCUUGCAGAGACACGCGAGUCUUGUGAUGGCUUGUACCAAAGAUGGCAACACCUGUGCCCACAUUGCCGCCAUGCAGGGAAGCGUUCGUGUGAUCGAAGAGUUGAUGAGAUUCGACAGACAAGGUGUAAUAAGCGCCAGGAAUAAGUUAACGGAAGCGACUCCUCUGCAAUUGGCAGCGGAAGGCGGUCACGCUGAAGUAGUAAGAGCUCUGGUUAGAGCUGGAGCGUCCUGCGCGGAUGAAAAUCGCGCAGGUUUCACCGCGGUUCAUCUGGCAGCUCAACACGGCCACGGUCAGGUACUCGAAGUGAUGAGAUCCACACAAUCUCUUAGGAUAUCUAGCAAGAAGCUUGGCGUCACCGCGCUUCAUGUUGCUGCUUAUUUUGGGCAAGCUGAUACGGUCAGAGAAUUGUUAACUCAUAUACCCGGAACCGUGAAAUCUGACCCACCAACUGGAGGAUCUCUAGUAGGAGAAUUAGGAGCUGAAUCAGGAAUGACUCCGCUUCAUCUAGCUGCCUAUUCUGGAAACGAAAACGUCGUACGACUUCUUUUGAAUUCUGCGGGAGUUCAGGUAGAGGCGGCGACAACGGAAAAUGGAUGGAAUCCUUUACAUCUGGCCUGCUUCGGUGGUCACAUAACCGUCGUGGGCCUUUUGCUGAGCAGAUCGGCUGAGCUGCUGCACAGCGCGGAUCGUUACGGCAAAACAGGACUGCACAUCGCUGCCACUCACGGCCACUAUCAGAUGGUUGAGGUUCUUCUGGGUCAAGGAGCGGAAAUAAACGCCACCGACAAGAACGGCUGGACGCCGUUGCACUGCGCGGCGCGCGCUGGUCAUCUCGAUGUUGUGAAACUGCUCGUGGAAAGCGGCGCGUCUCCGAAAAGCGAGACAAAUCUCGGCUGUGCUCCGAUUUGGUUUGCCGCAUCCGAGGGUCACAACGAUGUGCUCAAGUACCUUAUGGAAAAAGAGCACGACACGUACGCUUUGAUGGAAGAUAGACGGUUCGUCUACAACAUGAUGGUCUGCAGUAAGAGUCAUAACAACAAGCCCAUAGAAGAGUUUGUUUUGGUAUCGCCAGCUCCAGUUGACACGGCUGCUAAGCUGUCCAACAUCUACAUGAAGCUUUCCGAGAAAGAGAAAGAACGUGCUAAGGAUUUAAUCGCAGCUGGAAAGCAAUGCGAAGCCAUGGCCACUGAAUUAUUGGCUUUGGCAGCAGGCGCAGACUCGGCCGGUAGGAUAUUGACAUCGAUGGAUCGCAGGAACGUUGAGUUUCUCGAUGUUUUAAUCGAGAACGAACAAAAGGAAGUGAUCGCGCACACAGUGGUGCAGCGUUAUCUUCAAGAAUUGUGGCAUGGCAGCCUUAAUUGGAGCACAUUUCAGACGAGUCUGCUAUUCAUCGCCUUCCUCAUAUGUCCCCCGGUCUGGAUAGUGUUUGCUCUUCCGCUCGGUCACAAGUACAACAGUGUGCCCAUCAUCAAGUUCAUGUCGUACCUCACGUCGCACAUUUAUUUGAUGAUAUUCCUUCUACUGGUCGGCAUCACGCCAAUCUACCCGGUGGUGAGAGCCAGUCUCAUACCGUACUGGUACGAGUGGUGUCUGCUGGUGAUGCUGUCGGGGCUGCUGCUAUUCGAACUGACAAAUCCCAGCGACAAGAGCGGCCUGGGCUGGAUCAAACUGGCGGUGCUGCUCUUUGGAAUAUUUGGCGUGGCGUUUCAUCUACUAGGAUUCGUGGCCGUUAGAAGGCCGUAUUGGCCGACGUUGCUCUACCUGAGAAACCAGCUAUUCGCGAUCAGUUUUCUUCUAGCUUGCGUGCAGAUCUUGGAUUUCCUCUCGUUCCAUCAUCUGUUCGGACCUUGGGCUAUCAUCAUCGGCAAUCUGAUGAAGGACCUCGCUAGAUUUCUCGCGGUGCUAGCCAUCUUCGUUUUUGGUUUUUCCAUGCAUUUUGUCGCGCUCAAUCAAGCGUUCAAGAACCAGACGCCUACAGAAGCAGAAGAGGAGGACAGAAAGAAAAAGAAACCUUUCUACGACGUCAAAAUGAAUCCCAUAUUCGCGGUCGAGUUGUUGUUCUUCGCCAUCUUCGGUCAGACGACACACGGAGACUUCAGGAUAUCGUCGAGAGAGAAUAUCCAGCCCGAGUGGACAACUGUUCUCUUCAAACUCGCCUUCGGUAUUUACAUGCUGGUGUCGGUGGUGGUGCUUAUUAAUCUUCUGAUCGCCAUGAUGAGCGAUACCUAUCAACGGAUACAGGCUCAAUCGGAUAUCGAAUGGAAGUAUGGACUCAGUAAGCUGGUCCGAAACAUGGUAAGAACCACCACGACACCGUCGCCGCUUAAUCUGCUGACCACGUGGAUCUCGUAUUUCUACAAGCUUUGCAAAAAACGCUUCACCAAGAAGAAGCAACGGCCUUCUCUGAUGCAUCUCAUGGGCGCAACUCGCCUGUCUCCCCGUUCGAGGAUGGGUGCUAAAUGGCUGUCCAAAGUGAGAAAGAACACGCAGGUCGAGCACAAAGAUAGUGUGGCCUUAUCGGUUGUCCCCAUAAGCCCACUUGGCAGCCAGCUGUCCUUCACCAAUACCGUCAAGAUCGACAAUGUCGUCGAUUGGGAGGUCGUCAGACGCAAGUACAGAGAUCUUUACGGCGAAGAGAUCGAGAAGCCGGUGGAAGAGAGCAAAGAAUCGAUGGAGUCGAAUCCGCUAGCGGCUUUGGAAGGAUCGAGCGGUGCCGAGAAAUCGGCACUACUCGGAGCUUGAACGACAGAAAGAAUACGAAGAUAAAUCGACGACAAUAUUCUGUAACUCUCGCGGAAGAGAGAGGUCAAAGUUUUCUCGUUCUUCUGCGGAUUUUUUACCGCAUUUCUAACGCGUUCGAUCGCACAAUCUAUUUGUAUAUAUCGCCCCCCGGAGGUUCUUGUCAGUAUUUUCGAGAAAUAAACGCCUAGUCUGAACUUGUUUCUUGCUUGUACAGUUAUUGUUAGCUAGCAAACCCAUUCCCUGUGAUCCAUAGUCUAAUCGAUUGCCUAUACCACGUUUUAGAGGCUACCAUGGGGAAUACCCGUGUGCAUAGGGAUUCCACGUUACUUUUGACGGUUAGUCAGUUUGAUAUUAUUAUAUAACUACGAAUUUUUCUUCCCACCUGGAAUGUUUUUUUUUAUUUUUAUACAUGCGACAUGUAUAUACGGAGCGCAAUUGCGAGCUCUCUUUUUCUCUCUCUCGCAACGAUGCACGCACCGAUCAUUAUGCCUACAUCAUGUUGCUUGCGAUAUUUUUGUAUAACGAAUCCGUCGCAUUCGAUAUGCGUGUCUGUAAGAUGUAUAUCUACAUAGGAUACGAACUGUUAUAUAUCACGUUAUAUAUGUACAUAGAAAAACGUGCCUUCAAAGCUCACGUCAUUGUUAUCAUACACACGCAGACUUGAUGAACAGCAUGUAUAUGUUGUUGAAACGUUUAUUAAAGUUGAACGCGUUCAUUCGCAAAAUUCACUCCUCGAUCAUUCGCACGUUGUAAAAAGUCUAAUUGGCACACACUAUAAACAUAUAUCCUGUAAAAAAAUCGUUUAUAUUUUUUUUAUAUUUCAAGUUUAAAUUUAGUUUUUUCUAUAUUUUUUCUAUGUUUCUCUUUUUGUGUAUACGAUAAAAUUUUUUUGUUCUUCACAAAAAGUUGCAGACUUUGGUUUUUGAAUUUUUAAAAAACAUCUGCAUUUUUUUAAUCGUAAUAUCACACAUUAGAGAUAAAAUUUAAAAAAUUUACAUUUUCUUUUAUUGUAAUAUUAUUAUCAUUUUGCAGAGUAAACAUUUCAGUUCCUUUUGUUUCUCACUUUUUUACAGGAUGCAUACACAGCAAAUUAAACCGCAGUUCUCACUUUGCAAGCCGCAUUCAUUGCAUUUGCAUUUGAAUGCGUUUUGAAACUUUUCACCGAAGUGUUAAAUCUGAACAUAUUUGCCUUUGUCGUUUAUUAUUAUUAAUUGUUUAUAUAUUCAUGAAAAAAUUGAUAAUGCUCUGUUCAUCGCAUGUUUUGUUUUAGGUUUGAUAACAAAUCUCGCUGAAUUUUCUUCUGAUUGAUUGCAAUAUUUAUCAAAUAUCAAAAGACACACGCAGUUGACUAUCGUCAACAUGAUAUUUUUUCUAGAUUAAUAAAAUUGUCCAAAAAUUGUAAAUAUACAAAUUUUUUGCUUACAAGCAGAAUGACGACAAAUAGAUAACAUGAUACGAUCAUGUUUUAGUAGCGGUACAGUUUGAAAUCCGCAACUACGGCUGUGCAAUUAAAUAGCGUUUACUUAUAAAUACACACCAGCCCAGUUAUAUUACACGGCUAUAUUAGCGUAGGAACAAAUUUAAUCUAAUCGCUACAUAUUUUUAAUAAUACUUAUAGCUAAGAAUUAUUUCAAAUAAGAUAGACUUUGUUGUGUUUAAUAAUGUGUUUUUCUGUCUGCACAGUGAAAAUUAAUCCGAUCGAAAUCACUGAGAAUCUUUUCUUCGCCAUUUUCGGCCAAAAAGACACCGAAGACUUUAUAAUUUCGAAAGGAAAA